UGCGAAGAAGCCGCUGCGGGCUACGGGGAAGUAUCCGUAUUCUUACCGGACGGGCCUGGGUGCUGCUUCCUCGCAGUCCGUCUCUGUGUCGCCUUCACGGGGUACACGUAGGCCCACGUUUGCGUGUUGUGCGAGGCUCCGGCCUGUCCGCCGGCUCUGCCCGGUCGUGCAACGGUGGGUAAGCCGUGACCUCCUCCGUAUCGGCGGAGAAGGGCCGAUCGUGCAUGUCCUGAAGUGUACGGAGCCGCUGCAGUUCGUCCCCGUCGCAUAUCGUUGGUUAGAGAAGAGAAACGUUAAUACGAGAAACAAAAAUGGCAUCAGGGACGGUAGCAAAUGCCACUCCUUCAGGCGGAUCAAAUGAUGUGAGCCUGGAGGAACCAAAGAAGAUGACAAGGGAAGACUGGAGAAAAAAGAAGGAAUUAGAAGAACAGAGAAAGCUAGGAAAUGCUCCUGCUGAGGUGGAUGAAGAAGGAAAGGAUAUCAAUCCUCAUAUUCCUCAGUACAUAUCCUCAGUACCAUGGUAUAUAGAUCCUUCUAAAAGACCUACACUAAAGCAUCAGAGACCUCAGCCGGAGAAGCAGAAACAGUAUAGUACUUCUGGAGAAUGGUACAAACGAGGAGUUCAAGAGAAUUCAAUAGCAACAAGAUACCGUAAAGGAGCUUGUGAGAACUGUGGUGCUUUGACCCACAAAAAGAAAGACUGCAUGGAGAGACCCAGAAAAGUUGGAGCAAAAUACACAGGCAUGAAUAUCGCACCAGAUGAGUAUAUGCAGCCCCAACUGAUGUUUGAUUAUGAUGGAAAGCGAGAUCGUUGGAAUGGUUACAACCCAGAAGAGCACAUGAAGAUUGUAGAAGAAUAUUCCAAGGUUGACUUGGCCAAACGUACACUGAAAGCCCAGAAGCUUCAGGAAGAGCUAGCAUCAGGAAAGCUGGAGCAAGUGAACUCCCCAAGACACCAGUGGGGAGAAGAGGAACCAAAUUCACAGACAGAAAGAGACCACAACAGUGAAGAUGAGGAUGAAGAUAAAUAUGCAGAUGACAUUGAUAUGCCUGGGCAGAACUUUGACUCUAAAAGACGUAUCACGGUUCGAAAUCUACGUAUUCGGGAAGAUAUUGCAAAAUACUUGAGGAAUCUAGAUCCAAACUCUGCUUAUUAUGAUCCCAAAACAAGAGCAAUGAGGGAGAACCCCUAUGCCAAUACAGGCAAGAAUCCAGAUGAAGUUGGUUAUGCAGGUGACAACUUUGUUCGCUACACUGGAGAUACCAUCUCAAUGGCACAGACUCAGUUGUUUGCUUGGGAGGCUUAUGACAAAGGCUCUGAAGUUCAUCUUCAAGCAGACCCUACCAAAUUAGAGCUACUUUAUAAAUCUUUCAAAGUGAAAAAAGAAGAUUUCAAGGCACAGCAGAAGGAAAGCAUCCUAGAGAAGUAUGGAGGACAAGAACAUCUCGAUGCCCCACCAGCAGAACUGCUGUUAGCUCAAACAGAAGAUUACGUGGAGUACUCUAGGCAUGGAACAGUCAUCAAAGGACAAGAAAAAGCUGUUGCUUGCUCUAAAUAUGAAGAGGAUGUAAAGAUCAACAACCAUACGUGCAUUUGGGGUUCAUACUGGAAAGAAGGCAAGUGGGGUUACAAAUGCUGCCACUCAUUUGUCAAGUACUCUUACUGUACAGGAGAAGCUGGAAAAGAAAUUGCUAAUACUGAAGCAAGCUUACUGGAAGAGCAACCCAGGGAGGAAGAGCACUUGACAAAACCCAAAACACUGAUGGAGAUCCACCAAGAGAAACAGAAAGAGAAGAAAAAGAAGAAGCAUAAGAAGAGCUCAAAUUCAGAUAGUGAGGGUGAAGAGAAAAAGAAGCAAGAAAAACUUAAAAAGGCACUAAAUGCAGAAGAGGCUCGUCUGCUCCAUGUUAAAGAAAUCAUGCAGUUAGAUGAGAGGAAGAGACCAUACAACAGCCAGUAUGAAACCAGGGAGCCAACAGAAGAGGAAAUGGAAGCCUACAGAAUGAAACGUCAGAGACCUGAUGAUCCCAUGGCCUCUUUUCUCGGACAGUAGUUAUGGUGAAAACCAUUCCAAUAUGCCAGACUUUUUGUCUUACUUGUUUACAGAGUUGUAAACACUUGUUUACCUUCCAUGUGUUUAAUAUUAAAGCAUCAGAAAUGGCAGAGAUCUUUGUUUUGUGCCAGAGAAGUCAGUAAAAACUUUUUUCAAUGGGUAUAAGCAGUCCAAUACUUUAGUUUUACAUGUGUGUAUGUAUACAGAUACAGUCACAAAUACAUAUGCACACAUACAUACAAAAAAUACUUACACCUACUCUGUAAAUUCUUUAUUGGAAGAGAAAAAUCUGAUGCUGGCUGGAAUUCUACCUUCAUUUUCCAGCUAAUAGAUGCAUAAAGCUAUGAUCUAUUCAAUAAAGCUGACUCGAAACAGCAGGUGUAACUUAACAUGGAACAAAAAUUCUUGAAAAUAAUGUUUAUAGCUACUGAAGCACCUUAUUUGUAAAGGGAGCUGCUUGUCACAUGGCUUUAAGAGAAGUAGUUUCUUAAUUGCUUUGUAGUGUUUUGGAAAUGUACAAAUUGAUUGCUUUGUACAGUUUUGAAUAAAUUAAUAGAAAGGUCUUAAGUACUGUCCAGCCU